AUGGAGAGAAGGGUUGCAAAGGGUAGGCAGUGGAACUCGUGCCCUCCGAGCACCCGGAUUGAGGACUUCUCGGGGGAGGCCAUGGGGGAUCGAACCCCAAAAGGAUAUGUUCCCAUACUUGUUGGGAAGGAUGAGAUGAUGGAGAGGUUUCUGCUUCAUGUUAAGCUCUUCAGGGACCCAUGCAUCCUUGUGUUGCUCGAGAAUGCUGCAGAUGAGUUUGGGUACAAGCAGGAAGGGAUCUUGAGGAUCCCAUGCGAUGUUGAUCAUUUCCGGCGGGUGGUCGGAGCUGUCUCAAAGCCCAACUAG